AUGUCCACUGCCGCCUCCUCCUCCUCCAGUUCGUCUCAGACCCCUCAUCCCCCGCCGCAGAGGAUGCGGCGCAGCGCCGCGAGCUCCCCGCCCGCCGCCGCCUCAGGGAGCGGGAACAGUGCGGGCGGCGUGGGCUGCGCCCCAGCUGCGGGCGCUGGCCGGCUGCUGCAGCCCAUUCGCGCCACGGUGCCCUACCAGCUCCUACGGAGCAGCCAGCACAGUGCAUCGCGAGCCAAGGGCCGCCCGAGACGGUCCCCCGAGAGCCGCCGGAGGAGCAGCUCACCUGAGAGACGGAGCCCCGGCUCGCCCGUGUACAGAGUGGACAGGCCAAAAUCUCAGCAAGUUCGAACCUCUAGUACAAUAAGGAGAACCUCUUCUUUGGAUACUAUAACAGGACCUUACCUCACAGGACAGUGGCCACGGGAUCCUCAUGUUCACUACCCUUCAUGCAUGAAAGAUAAAGCAACUCAGACUCCUAGCUGUUGGGCGGAAGAGGGAGCUGAAAAGAGGUCACAUCAGCGCUCUGCAUCAUGGGGGAGUGCUGAUCAACUAAAAGAGCAGAUAGCCAAACUGAGGCAGCAACUACAGCGCAGUAAACAGAGUAGCCGUCACAAUAAGGAGAAAGAUCAUCAGUCACCUCUUCAUGGUAACCAUAUAGCAAUCAGUCACACUCAGGCUACUGGAUCAAGAUCAGUUCCUAUGCCGCUGUCAAAUAUAGCAGUGCCAAAAUCAUCUGUUUCACGUGUGUCCUGCAAUGUAGAGGGAAUUAGUCCUGAAUUAGAAAAGGUAUUCAUUAAAGAAAAUAAUGGGAAGGAGGAAGUAUCCAAGCCUUUGGACAUUCCGGAUGGUCGAAGAGCUCCACUUCCUGCUCACUAUCGGAGCAGCAGUACUCGCAGCAUUGAUACGCAGACUCCCUCUGUCCAGGAGCGCAGCAGUAGCUGUAGCAGUCAUUCACCCUGUGUCUCCCCGUUUUGUCCCCCGGAAUCCCAUGACGGCAGCCCUUGCUCAACAGAUGACCUACUCUAUGAUCGUGAUAAAGACAGUGGGAGUAGCUCACCAUUGCCCAAGUAUGCUUCAUCUCCCAAACCAAACAACAGCUACAUGUUCAAACGGGAGCCCCCAGAGGGAUGUGAGCGAGUGAAGGUCUUUGAGGAAAUGGCGUCUCGUCAGCCUAUCUCAGCCCCUCUCUUUUCCUGCCCUGACAAAAACAAGGUUAAUUUCAUCCCAACGGGAUCCGCUUUCUGUCCUGUGAAACUCCUAGGUCCUCUCUUACCUGCCUCCGACUUGAUGCUCAAGAACUCUCCUAACUCUGGCCAGAGUUCAGCUCUGAGCACUCUGACCGUGGAGCAACUCUCCUCCCGAGUUUCCUUUGCAUCUCUCUCUGAUGACACCAGCACUGUGGGCUCUGCAGAGGUUUCAGUCCCACAGCCAUCUCCUCAGCAGCAGCUUCUGCAAGAACUGCAGGGUGAGGAGCACAUCUCUGCUCACAACUAUGUGAUCAUCUAA